CGCCCAUCCCAUGAGUGCAUAGGCAGAUGUUUUGACACGUUACGGGGAACGCAGCGCAAUGGACUUACAAAAGCAGGUUGAAGAGAUUACUGCCAAAGCCAAAUUUGGUGACUUGAUUGAGUUCUCUUACCCUGUUGGAUUUUCACAUUGGGGCGUGUAUGAUGGCGAUGGCUACGUGAUCCAUUUUGCAGUUGCAGAUGAAGGAGAUGUAAUGAAAAGAUUCCGUGGUUACCUGCAAACAGUGUUCCCCUUGUGUGGAGACUUGCUGCUCGGGGAUACAAAGAUACGUCGACAACCCUUAGCAGAGAUUAAUGUACCAGAUGGAGCUCAUCUCCUGAUCAGCAAUAAUCGCCAUGCCUGUGAACCAUCAGAAGAAACUAUAAUGAGACUCCGUCGAAAUUUCCUUCUGGACAAGGAGUUACCUUACAAUCUAUUCAAACUGAACUGUGAACACUUUGCCACAUUUAUUCGAUAUGGUCAGGCUGUGUGCAAUCAGAUCCCUGGCAGGGCCAAGAACAAGGAAACGGAAGAGGCAACAGAAACUUUCCAAAAACUUGUGUCUUAACUUGUGUCCUAUCAUUCAAGCUUCUAUCAUGUUAAUUUUUAUACUGAAUUUGUUCCUUUUAGUGCAAUAGUUGUCGUUUUUACAAAUUACUUGUCUUUCCUGUUAUGUCUCUUCUGUUAUGCUCAUAUUGUAUGCUACAAUCAAUAUUAUCACGUAAAAUAUAGGCCUACUGUGAAGGCUAGGCCUAUCACUUGGCCUGGUUGGCUCCCGUAAAAAAAAAAAAAACUCCUGCAAUGAAAAGUAAACUUACUCAUGCAACCUUAAUUGUAAUUAGCAUUAUGACAAUAAAAAAAUAAUUGAAAUGACUUA